AGACACUUUCGUUUAAUAUGUUUUCUAGUGAAUGAAUGGCUUAUAAGCGAGAAGCAAAGUCAGGAAGUAUUGCUUGAUGCUGCUGCUAUGGGGGGGGGAAGCUGGAGGGGGAGGUUUGAAGCUCAUUAACACUUCUUAAAUUAGAAAAUCCUUAACUUAAAAAUAGCAAAACCUAGUGAUUUCUAAAAUUAGCUCCCCUUGCUUUCCAUAAAUACACUUAGACCUCCCCAGACUGGUCCACCACUAAGCCUUGUGGGCUCAAACAGUCAAGCCUUCCGACAGUCUUUAAUGGGUAACCUUGACAAGGAAAGGUUGGGGCAGCCUAGAAUUCAGGUCAGGAAUCAGCCGGGGGCCCAAUGUAAGCCUGGAUCUUUCACUCUGCCAACUCUGUUGAGGUGGAGAAGCUGGGGACUGUCCUGACUUGCUUGAGAGGGUCCCCUACGCUGGGCAGUCUCUGUAACUAAGAAAGCAGGCUGAGCCCUGGCUUACACUACUGUCAGAUGCAUUAAGCAUUUGGCCACUUGGAAUCCUGUCCCUGGGCAGGAGUCAGCAAGCUUGAUGUCACAUCAGGCCUGAAUUCCAACACAGCCUCUGACCUGCCUCUGAGGUGCCAGAGAAAGCCACCCCCUUACAGAUGCAGCCCCCAAGGCCAUUCUCUAAGUCACAACAGGCUUCCUGCGGGCACCUAAGGACCAGAUCCAUCCCUGGGGACCUGGGCACUGCUCGGUGCGGCUAGCGGGGGCCCUUAGCCAUGGCCAGCACAGCGGUCCAGCUCCUAGGCUUCCUGCUUAGCUUCCUGGGCAUGGUGGGAACGCUCAUCACCACCAUCCUGCCGCACUGGCGGAGGACGGCCCAUGUGGGCACCAACAUCCUGACGGCCGUGUCCUACCUGAAGGGACUAUGGAUGGAAUGUGUGUGGCACAGCACAGGCAUCUACCAGUGUCAGAUCUACCGCUCACUGCUGGCGCUGCCUCGGGACCUGCAGGCCGCCCGGGCGCUCAUGGUUAUCUCCUGCCUGUUGUCGGGCAUGGCCUGCGCCUGCGCAGUAGUGGGCAUGAAGUGCACACGCUGCGCCAAAGGCACACCCGCCAAGACCACCUUUGCAGUGCUGGGGGGCGCGCUCUUCCUCCUGGCCGGCCUGCUGUGCAUGGUGGCCGUGUCCUGGACCACGAAUGACGUGGUGCAGAAUUUUUAUAACCCACUGCUGCCCAGUGGCAUGAAGUUUGAGAUCGGCCAGGCCCUGUACCUGGGCUUCAUCUCUUCAUCCCUGUCUCUCAUCGGGGGCACCCUGCUCUGCUUAUCCUGCCAGGACGAGGCCCCCUACAGACCCUACCCGCCCCAGUCCAGGGCCGGAGCCACCACCACAGCUACCGCCCCUGCCUACCGCCCACCAGCGGCCUACAAGGACAACCGUGCCCCCUCGGUGACCUCAGCCGCGCACAGUGGGUACAGGCUGAAUGACUACGUGUGAGUUCCUUCCCCAGGCUUCUGCCAGGGAUGCUGGCCCCAAAGGACCAAUGAUGGAUGCGGGAAGGAUGCAGAGACCUUUGUAAACGUGGGGAAGCAAGCCCGGAACACAGGGAAGGAGGGGUCAAAGCAAAGACUUCUAAAAAGUGCUGGUUUUUUAUUUAUUAUAUGUAUUUAUGCGGGUGGCUUAAUAAGAGCUCAAUAAAGAGUGUCUUGGAAGCGUGGCC